AUGGGUUCAGUGUUUCAGAUUCAACAUUCUUUUACCUCGAAUCAUAUAAAACCAGUGAAUUUAAAUUGUGGCUCUAAGCAGGAGAAUCCAGUAUCGUCCAAUACAGAAAAUGAUAGUGAUGUAACAACUCCAGAUGUUGAACAAAAAGCUGUGUACAGAAACGAUAUCAUGGCACUUCUCCAACAGCUUGAUAAUGAAAUACAUGACCUUCAACGUCGCGUCAAACUUGCCAAAAAAAGAGAAAAAGAUGCUCAAGAAAAUUUUAAAAACACUCUUAUAACAUUUCAGCGGCAAUACAUAAGAAAGAGAUGA